AUGGCCAUCGUAGAGUUAGGUUUUGCACUUCUCCUGCUUUGCUGCUUGUCCUGUCAGAGGCUCCAGGAGAGCCCCAGUUCAUCAUCCUUGCACUUCACUCACCCCCUGUACAAUGCCACCAUCUUUGAGAACUCGGCUCCUAAGACCUACGUGGAGAGUCUUGGCAAGAUGGGUCUCUACUUGGCAGAGUCCCAGCUAGUGGUGAGAUACCGCAUAGUCUCAGGAGAUCUGGCUGGUAUCUUUAAAACCGAGGAGCACGUAGUGGGCAAUUUCUGCUUUCUGAGGAUAAGGACCAAAAGUGGCAACACAGCAAUUCUGAACCGGGAGGUUCGUGAUAGCUACACUCUUGUCAUUCAAGCCACAGAACAGACUUUGGGGUAUGAAGCAGAAACUCAUGUGCUGGUCCACAUCUUAGAUCAAAAUGACUUAAAACCAUUGUUCUCUCCCCCAUCCUAUAAAGUUGCCAUUCCUGAAGACACUCCUCUCAAAAGUGCCAUCUGCAUGGUAAGUGCUACUGAUGCUGACCUAGGCCAGAAUGCCGACUUCUAUUAUGCCUUCAAUGCCCGGUCAGAGCUGUUCACAGUCCAUCCCACCAGUGGUGUAGUGACUGUGACCCGAAAACUCAACGCUACCUGGAAAGGGAGGCAUGAGCUUCAGGUGCUGGCCGUGGACCGCAUGCGAAAGAUCUCUGAAGGCAAUGGAUUCGGCAACCUGGCCUCUCUGGUAAUCCAGGUGGAUCCAUCCCCCAAGAAACCACCAGCUAUUUCUUCAGUAGUGAUGACAUCACAGGAUGAUGCUGGGGACAAUGCCUAUGCCACACUUGUGGUGGAUGCGAAUGGCUCAGAAGCUGGGGUUGAAACAGUGAACAUUGUAGAUGGAGAUCCAGGGAAGCAUUUCAAAGUUAUCAGAUCAUAUGUUGGGAGCAACAAGUUUUCAUUAGUAUCCAUCAAAGACAUUGAUUGGUUAGAAUAUCGUCAUGGAUUCAACCUUAGUCUUCAGGCCAAAGGUAGAGGAAAGCCACCUUUGUAUUCCCAAAUCAGAGGCAUCCACUUACCUCCUUCCAAAUUAACCUCAGCCAGGUUUGAGAAGGCCAUUUAUAGAGUCCAGCUCAGUGAAGUUUCUCCUCCAGGCAGUCGUGUUGUGGUGGUUAAAGUCACUCCAGCCUUCCCAAGUCUGCAAUACAUUCUGAAGCCUACCUCAGAGAGCUCAGGAUUCAAGAUUAAUUCUCGAACUGGGCUGAUAACCACCACGAGGUUGAUGGACUUCCAUGAUCGAGCCAGAUACCAACUACACAUUGGAACCACUUUGGGUCAGGCUUCCACUACUGUGGUGAUUGACAUCAUUGACUGUAACAAUCAUGCCCCUGUCUUUUCUCAGUCUUCUUACCAUGGCACAUUUGAUGAAAAUCUUCCUCCUGGAACCAGCAUCCUAACUGUUACUGCCACAGAUCAAGACCAUGGGGAGAAUGGCUUUGUCACUUAUUCUAUUACUAGCCCGAGAGCUGUCCCUUUUACCAUAGACCCCUACUUGGGGGUCAUCUCCAUCACCAAACUGAUGGAUUAUGAGCUCAUGCAGAGGCUUUAUACUUUCCGGGUCUGGGCAUCAGACUGGGGAUCUCCAUUCAAUCGGGAGAGUGAAGUUUCCAUCUCACUCAUGCUCAAUAAUCUAAAUGACAACCAACCAAUGUUUGAGAAUGCCAACUGCAGUGGUACCGUCCCUUGGGACUUACGGGUGGGAGAAACAGUAGUCACCCUCUCAGCCAUAGACAUGGACGAACUUCUGAACCUGAGGUAUGAGAUUGUGUCUGGCAAUGAGUUGGAGUAUUUUGAUCUGAACCAUUUCUCUGGAGUGGUUUCCCUCAAACGUUCUUUUAAGGGUCUUCCUCCUGGUCAGCGUUAUUUCUUGGAAAUAACUGCCUCAGAUGGGGAUAAUUAUGCCUUGCCCACAUCUUUGAAUGUCACUAUAGUGGCCUCAGGCUCUCCAGUCCAUGUGCAAUGUGAGGAAACAGGUGUGCUGAAGCAUCUCACAGAGACCAUCAUCCAUUCUGUUGGAUCUCAGAUCCAGGAGCCUAGUUCUGAGGAGUUUACCUCCUUAAGCACAUUUCACAUCAACCACCACAGCCCUCAAUUUGAGGACCACUUCCCCCAGUCCAUUGACGUCUUGGAGGGUGUCCCCGUUAAUACUACUCUUGCACACCUGGCUGCUUCUGACCUUGACACUGGCUUCAAUGGAAAACUAGUCUAUGUCCUUGCGGAGGGCAAUGAAGAGAGCCGUUUUGAUGUAGAAUUGGAAACGGGACUGCUCAAGGUGGCUGCUCCCUUGGAUCAUGAGACCACCAGUUUCUAUAUCCUCAACGUGACUGUGUAUGACCUUGGCACUCCCCAGAAAUCAACUUGGAAGCAGCUGGCAGUGAAUGUGGGGGAUGAGAAUGAUAACACACCUAGAUUCCCCCCUGGUGGAUACCAGGUAGAGAUCCGAGAGGAUAUUGAAAUGGGAACCACAAUCGCCCAGAUGAAAGCAGAAGAUGCUGACAAUGAUGAUAAUGGAAGAGUCUGCUACACCCUGCUGAGCCCCACAGAUAAAUUUUCUGUUCAUACUCUCACUGGUGAGGUGGUGGUCACAGGGCCUUUGGAUAGGGAAUCACAGUCUCAGUAUGUGCUCAAGGUAGAGGCACGAGACCAGGCAAAGGUGGGUCAUCAGCUCUUUUCUAUCACAGACCUAGUGGUGACACUAAGUGAUGUCAAUGACAACACUCCACAAUGCAUCCCAGAACUGAGUCAAGUGAAAGUCCCUGAGGAUCUGCCCCUGGGGACUGUCCUAACCUUUCUGGAGGCCUUUGACCCAGACCUGGGCCCUGGGGGAGAGGUGAAGUAUACAUUGAUGGAUAACGCUCAGGGAACUUUUGGCCUGGAUCCACUAACAGGAGCGUUGAGCCUGGAGCGAGAGCUGGACUUUGAAAAAAAGACUUGGUAUAAUUUGAGCCUAUGGGCUAGCGAUGGUGGAAAGCCCAUGGCCCGUGGGGCAUCUUGCCAUGUACAAGUAACAGUUCUGGAUGUGAAUGAGAACUUGUAUCCUCCUCGAUUUGCCUCCUUUGUGUACCAGGGCCAAGUAGAAGAGAACAGCCUCCCUGGGACACUAGUGAUGUCAGUCACUGCUCAGGAUGCUGACUUUGGCCAGGAUGGGGUAAUCCAGUACUUCUUACGUGAUGGCACUGACCUUGCCACUUUCAGCAUUGAUCGGGACACAGGGAUGAUCCAAACCAUGAUGCCUCUGGACCGAGAGUUCUCCCCUCACUACUGGCUAACAGUAUUGGCUGUGGAUCAAGGAUCUGUGCCCCUCUCCUCUGUGACUGAAGUCUAUAUUGAAGUCAUGGAUACUAAUGACAACCCACCCCAGAUGUCAAGGCCUGUCUACUACCCUUCGGUCAAAGAAGAUGCCCCCAUGAACACUUCUGUUCUUCAGCUUGAUGCCUGGGAUCCAGACACUGUCUCCCAAGGGAAACUGACAUUCCAUAUCGUCAGUGGGAAUAAUUUGGGAUUCUUUGUCAUUAACUCUCUGACAGGUCUCCUUUCCACAGCUCGACAGCUGGAUCGUGAGAACAAGGCUGAACAUAUCCUGGAGGUGGCUGUACAAGAUAAUGGCAAGCCAAGCCUGCAGUCUACUUCUAGAGUAGUAGUGCGUGUCUUGGAUGUCAAUGACAACUCACCCACUUUCUCCCACAAACGCUUCAAAAUCCGUCUCCCAGAGCGGCAAGACUCUCCUGUACCAGGGCCCGUGUAUAGACUGGUGGCCUCCGACCAUGAUGAAGGCCCCAAUGGCAAAGUAUCCUAUAGCAUUGAGGAGAACUAUGAAGAAGCCUUCACCAUUGAUGCUGAGACAGGCUUGGUGUCUACCAGUGUCAACUUCCCUGCUGGCGAGUACAACAUCCUCACGAUCCAGGCAAUAGACAGUGGGCAACCCCCACGCUCCACCAGCGUCAGACUGCAUAUAGAGUGGAUCCCUCGACCCAGCCCUUCAGGAAAACUGUGGAUCUUUGAUGAGCCCCACUACAACUUUGAUGCUGUGGAGACUGACCCAGUGAACCACAUGGUGGGCAUGGUCAGUGUUGAGGAUCCACCUGGCCUGUUGUGGUUCAACAUCUCUGGUGGUGAUGAGGACAUGGACUUUGACAUUGAGAUGACCACAGGCAGCAUGGUUAUUGCCAGGCAACUAGACUCCAGGAGGAAGGCAAAUUAUAAUCUGACAGUGGAGGCGACGGAUGGCACCCGCACGAUCACUACCCAGGUUUUUAUACAGCUGAUCAUUAUCAACCAGCACCGACCCCAGUUCUUGGAAGCUCAAUAUGAGGUGAAGGUACCCCAAGGCACUCCCCCGGGGCUAGAGCUCCUCAGAGUCCAGGCCACAGACCAGGACAAGGGCAAGAAUCUUGUGUACACAAUCCAAGGAAGUUUGGAUGCCCGCAGUACCAAGCUUUUCCAGCUUGAUCCAAAUAGCGGCUCUCUGGUAACUGUGGGAAAACUGGACAUGGACUCAGGGCUUAGCCGCCACGUCUUGACUGUCAUGGUUCGGGAUCAGGAAAUACCUAUCAAGAGGAAUUUUGUAUGGGUGACUAUCCAAAUAGAAGACUGUAACCUCCACUCGCCUAGUUUCACCCAACUCCACUAUGAGACAACUACUUCCAUAACAGCCGCCCUGGGCACAGAACUGUUGCAAGUCAGAGCCCUGGAUGCAGACCGAGGAUUUAAUGGCCAAGUUCAGUACUCUCUCCAGGCAGGGAACAGUGAAAGUCUCUUCAGCAUUGAUCCCCACCUGGGAAUCAUCACAGUGGCUCAAAAACUUGACCUGAUGCAGCAAGACCAAUACAUGCUAACAGCGAGGGCUGAAGACCUAGGGUCCCCUCCACUGCAUGAUGUGGCUACAGUGACCAUUCACAUCCAUCCCUCUGACCACAGUGCCCCUGUCUUCUCUAUGGCGGAGUAUUUUGCAGAGAUCCCUGAAUCGGUCGCCAUCGGCUCUCCUCUUCUCUUAGUUUCAGCCUUGAGUACCUCUGAAGUCACCUAUGAAAUGAGGGAGGGAAACAAGGAUGGUGUGUUUUCCAUAAACUCCUAUUCUGGCCUCAUUUCUACCCAGAAGAAUCUGGACCAUGAGAAGGUCUCUUCUUAUCAGCUAAAAGUCCGUGGCAGCAACAUGGCAGGGGCCUUUGCUGAUGUCAUGGUGCUUGUGUACAUAAUCGAUGAGAAUGACAAUGCUCCCAUUUUCAUAAAUUCUUCUUUUGUAGGCCAGAUCAGUGAAGCUGCUCCAAUCCACAGCAUGGUUCUGGGUGAAUACAACCACCCUCUUGUGGUCCGUGCAACUGAUGCUGACACAGAUGCCAAUGCCUUGUUGGUCUAUGAGAUUUUAGAGCGGGAAGCCUUGAAGUUUUUCAAAAUUGAUCCCAGCAUGGGGACCCUCACUACUGUGAUGGAGAUGGAUUAUGAACGCAUCCCUUCUUUCAGCUUCAGCAUCCAUGUCCAUGACCAAGGAAGCCCCAUUUUAUUUGCUUCUAAGCCUGCCAGAGUCACAAUCCAUGUUAAAGAUGUGAACGAUUCUCCUCCAGUGUUUUCAGAAGAUGUGUAUGAAGUGACGGUCUUGUUGCCCAUCCAUCCAGGGAUGGAGCUCCUCCAAGUACAGGCCAUUGAUGCUGACUCAGUGGUCACUUAUAGCAUCAUUGCUGGAAAUGCUGAUGAUGCUGUCUUCAUUCACUCAGGCACUGGCCUCAUCUCUGUGGUGGAUGUGGCCCUUCUAGGUCAUUCUCGUGACUUCACUGUGAAGGCUUUUGAUGGCUUACACUACGAUACCUCAAUGGUGAAAAUUAACCUGACUGAAGCUCUUGUUACCACAUUAAAAUUUGACCAGGAUGUCUACACAGUAACUGUGAAAGAGAACUCCUGGGACACACAAGCUUUGAUCAUCAUGGGUGUUCAGGGCAGUCAGCUGAAUGAUACCCUCUCUUACUCUGUUUUGAAUGGAACAGACAUGUUCCAAAUGAUCCAGUCAGUGGGUGUGCUUCAGACAAAGGGUGUGGCAUUUGACCGUGAGAAACAAGAUGCUUAUGAAGUGGCUGUAGAAGUGAGGGAUGAUCGACACCCUCCAAGGGUGGCCCAAGCUUCAGUUAAGAUCUCCAUUGAAGAUGUCAAUGAUAACCCCCCGGAGUUCAGGCAUUUGCCAUAUUAUACAGCUAUUCAAGAUGGUACAGAACCAGGAGAUGUCCUUUUCCAAGUGUCUGCCACAGACCUGGAUAUAGGAGCGAAUGGGGCCAUCACCUAUGCAUUUGCAGAGGAUUAUGUGUAUUUCUGGAUUGAUCCCUAUCUUGGAGACAUUUCACUCAAGAAACCUUUUGAUUAUAGAGCCUUAAAUAAAUAUAUCCUAAGAGUCAUUGCUCGGGAUGGUGGUAACCCAUCCCUACAGGUUGAAGAAAAUGUGCUUGUCACAGUGAGGAAUAAAUCCAACCCACUGUUCCAGAGUCUUCAUUAUAAAGUCCAAGUACCUGAGAACAUCGAACUCUAUACUCCUAUCCUUCACACCCAAGCUCGGAGCCCAGAGGGACUACGACUGAUCUACAACAUCAUGGAAGAAGAAUCCUUGACACUGUUUACUGCAGACUUCAAGACUGGUGUAUUGACUGUGACAGGUCCGUUGGACUAUGAAUCUCAGACCAAGCAUAUAUUUACAGUCAGAGCUACUGAUACAGCUCUGGGGUCCUUCUCUGAAGCUACAGUGGAAGUCCAGGUAGAAGAUAUCAAUGAUAACCCUCCUGUUUUUUCCCAAUUGGUCUACACUGCUUUGGUCUCAGAGGGCUUGCCUGCCCAGACCCCUGUGAUCCAACUAUUGGCUUCUGACCAGGACUCUGGUAGGAACAAAGAUGUCUCUUACUGGAUCUUGGAGGAUGAUUCUGAGGAUUCCUCAUUCUUCCAGAUUGAUGAAAGUUCAGGGGAGAUGUCCACAACUCAGGAGCUGGAUUAUGAAACUCAGCAACAGUUCCAUGUGAAGGUAAGAGCCGUGGAUGAUGGGAUACCCCCACUCAGCGCAGAAACUCUCGUCAUUGUCAAUGUGUCAGAUGUCAAUGACAACCCACCUGCUUUCAGACAACCUCAGUAUGAGGCCAAUGUAAGUGAGCUGGCAACAUGUGGGCAACUGGUGAUUAAAGUUCAGGCUCUGGACCCUGACAGUGGGGACACCACCCGACUAGAGUAUUUGAUUCUCUCAGGCAAUGAGGACCGUCACUUUACCAUCAACAGCACAUCUGGAAUUAUUUCCAUGUUUAACUUCUGUAGGAAGCACCUAGACUCUGCUUACCAACUGAGGGUGGCUGCUUCAGAUGGGGUCUUCAGAACUGCUGUGCCAGUGUAUAUCAACACUACAAAUGCCAACAAGUACAGUCCAGAGUUUCGUCAGCAUAUCUACGAAGUUGAAUUAGCAGAAAAUGCUGAGAUAGGAACUAAGGUGAUAGAGCUAUUGGCUGUUGACCCAGAUGAUGGACCCUAUGGCACCAUAGAUUACACCAUCAUCAACAAACUGGCUAGUGAAAAGUUCUCUAUCAACUCCAAGGGCCAGAUAGCUACCCUUCAGAAAUUAGAUAGAGAAAACCCAACAGAAAAACUUAUGCCCAUUAAGGUCAUGGCCCGGGAUGGUGGGGGCAAAGUGGCUUUCUGCUCUGUGAAGACAAUCCUCACAGAUGAAAAUGAUAACCCACCACAGUUUAAGGCCUCUGAAUACACUGUGUCUGUCCAGUCCAAUGUCAGCAAGGGCUCCCCAGUCAUUCAGGUGCUGGCAUAUGAUGCAGAUGAAGGUGCUAAUGCAGAUGUCACCUAUUCGGUGGAUUCAGUGGAGGACUUGGCUGAUGAAGUCAUUGAGGUCAAUUCAGCCACUGGUGUAGUCAAGGUCAAAGAGAGCCUGGUUGGACUGGAAAAUCAGGCAUUUAACUUUAAAAUCAAAGCCCAAGAUGGUGGACCUCCCCACUGGGAUUCUCUUAUCCCUGUAAGACUUCAAGUGGUUCCUAAUGAAGUAACUUUGCCCAAAUUUUCUGAGCCUUCCUAUACUUUCUCAGUAUCUGAAGAUCUUCCUGAGGGAUCUGAGGUUGGGCUAGUUAAAGCAAUUGCUGAAGAUCCCAUCAUCUAUAGUCUGGUGAAAGGUACAACCCCUGAAAGUAAUAAAGAUGGUGUCUUCUCCUUGGACCAGGAAACAGGAGCUCUAAAGGUGAAGAAGGCUAUUGAUUAUGAGACAACAAAAUGGUACCAGAUUGAUGUGAUGGCUAAUUGUUCCCACCAGGAGACUGGUUUAAUCUCCUUGGUUUCUGUCAACAUCCAAGUGAAAGAUGUCAAUGAUAAUAAGCCUGUCUUUGAAGCUGAUCCAUACAAGGCUUUCCUUACAGAGAAUAUGCCAGUGGGAACCACAGUCAUCCAGGUUACUGCCAAUGACCAAGAUACGGGUGUCAAUGGUGAGGUUACAUAUAGCCUGGCUCUUGAACAGGGAAAUGCUGCUGCUGAACUCUUUGCCAUCAACAGUGAGAAUGGCUGGAUCACUACACUCCGUGAACUUGACUGUGAAGUACAAGAAACCUAUAGCUUUUAUGUGGUUGCCUCAGAUCAUGGUCGGACUAUUCAGCUGUCAUCCAAAGCCCUGGUGGAAGUCACCAUUACGGAUGAGAAUGACAAUGCCCCUCAGUUUGCCUCCGAGGUCUACAGAGGGUCAGUGAUCGAGAAUGGUGAACCUGGAGAACAUGUGGCCACCCUAAGGACUCUUGAUGCAGAUAUUUCAGAGCAGAACAGACAGGUCACCUGUUACAUCACAGGUAAGGUCAUCAGACCUGACUUUGGAAUCAAGCGGCCAGGUCGAGAGAGAGCCUAG